AUGUCGCCUAGCAGCACGCAGAAGAAAGCCCCGCAGUCGAACACUCCCACCUUUGCGCAUUAUGCCGCCGAGGACUUCGUACAAGGUGCCGGUGUAGCCAUCUUCCACAUCGCGUCCGCGCGUGUGGUCGUAUGCAGCGCGGUGGACAGACGCGUAGGGAAAUACUACUUUCUACCCAAAGGGCGGCGCGACGCGGGAGAAGAUACGCGGGCGGGAGCAGAGAGAGAGGGGUUUGAAGAGUCCGGCUACCGCAACCGCGUCCUCCCCCUCCCCACGGCCCACCACCAACCACAAGCGCACCCCCGCCUCACCGCGCCCCCCAUGACUGCAGAACCAAUCUGGGUCCAGCUUAUGCCCCUCGCCCGCAACACAAAGCAGUACCUUCUCUUCUGGUACAUCGCCGAGACGCUGCCGCCAGACGUCGAACCCCUCCUCGCAACCGCCCCGAACGAGCCGUACAAGCCUCCACCCGCAUACCCAGCAAGCCUGACGCUGAAGGAACGCGUGGCGCUGGAGCCAGAGGGGUACGAGCCGCUGCACCACGAGGGGACGGGCGUGGACGAGGACGAGGCGGCGUAUGAGAGUCAGUUGGUUGGUGUGGAGGAGGCGAUGAGGCUGUUGGGUGGGACGGAUAGCGUGAUGGCGGAUGUGGUGAGGAGGGGGUGGGAGGGGAUUCAGCAAAGGUCGAGCAUGGAGGAGCAGGGGGAAGAGGUGCCUGAGCAGUUUGAGAGUCCUGAGCAGCUGGCUGAGGCUAAGCGGGAUACUACGUUGAGGAGUGUUGGGGGGAGUUGA